ACAUGGUAGGCCAGUGUUUCACACACAGAUACCAUACUUGAGUGUCAAACUCUUUCAUCCUAGGUGGACCGUAUAUUUUGAGUUUUCAUCGGUACAGAUCAACGGCAACAUACGGUUAAUUGUAUUUUAAUAGCGAAUUGUUUCCUUGCAUCUGCCCGCGUGUGAAAAUCAUAGUUUAAAUAUUUUUUUCCGGUUUUUGAGUGACAAACGAAAACAAAAGUGUUUCUUUACUUAUAUUAGAUUAAAUUACUACGGUUUGAUUUAUAUUCCAUUCGAGAGAUGUAUUCGUAGAGUAUCGUACUAGAUGACAACGUGUAGUAUUUUCUUAAAGAUAAUAUCGUAAUCAGUAUGGCGAAUAGGGAAGGAGGAAAUACGAGAUUUUUUAAUGGAGUAGUAUUUAACAAUUAUAAAUACUCCAUUAACAGCCGCCAAAAUAAUGUAAUCUACUACGUUUGCAGCCAUUAUCAGAGUGGCACUUGCCGGGCACGUGGCGUAUUAAAAAAUAAUGUAUUUAAUUUAAUAACUGGACACAGUCAUGGCCCUAAUGUUCGCAAAGUAAUGGAGGAAGCUUUAAAAAGAGACCUGUAUCGCCACGUAACAAGAAGCACUACUCAUUACCGUAAAAUUUACGAUUCUGUUCGUCCAGAUCACUUAGAUGCAUCAGUCUCUGGAACUUUUAGUCGGUUGGAAAACUCAAUGUACAAAUGGAGACAAGCAAAUAAUCCGCCCAUUGUUCGUACAUUACGUUCCUACGUUGAAACGUUAAAUAGAAAUGAGUGGCAACAUUUGUUAAACUAUAAUGAUGGAACAAUGAGUAUUUCACAUGUUGUGGCAGCAGAUUCUUCAGAAUCAGUCAUAAUCAUGGAUCCUAGCUUCGUUAGGAAAAUUGCGGUAAACGGUUUCUUUUUUUUGGAUGCGACAUUCAAGGUAACACCGUCAUUGAUUGGUGCUCAACAGUUUAUGACAAUAAUGGCAAAGAAGCAUAACAAGUCUUUUCCGAUUAUUUGGGUCUUAAUGUCGAGAAAGACUACAGAAGCUUACAGAUCAGUCUUCAGAAAAUUAAAAGACAUGAUUCCAGAAUUUCAAAUUCAUGAAGCAAUGACUGACUACGAAGUGGCAUUGCAGAGUGCCUUACGCGAGGAAUUCCCGGGAAUAAUUGUUCACGGAUGCCACUUUCAUUAUUGUCAAGCAUUAUAUCGGAGUGCGGUUCGUUAUGGAUUAAAAAACCAUUUGAGGAACAAUGCAAACAUUCGUCAUGUGAUUUCAUUGCUAAUGUCACUAGCAUUACUACCUGCAAAUUUAGUGGUACCUACUUACAAUCAGAUUUGUGCUUCUUUGACGGCACAGACGAGAGGGAUUCUUCGUCGAUUCCUCAAUUAUUACGCUCGUCAAUGGCUGCGAAAGGUUACACCACAAACGUUCAGUGUUCAUAUGUUGGUCCAUCGUACAAAUAAUUAUUUGGAAGGGUACCACACCACCCUGAAAGAAAGACUUGGCAUUCAUUCUGCAACAUGGAAUUUUACAAGAGAUUUGAUAAAAUUUCAAGAGAGCCUCCAAACGGAUUUGAAAGCUCUUGAGCAAGGAUUCUCCAUCACCAGGCUUCCGAGAGUUGUAAAUGUUCAGAAACAGAGGUUACUCCUAAACGCGUGGUCAAUUUUACAUGAUAAUGGAUUCACACCAAUGCAGUUUUUGGAACACGUCUUAUCAUAUAGACUAAAUAUCGCUGAAGCCUAUUUCAUAUUAUAUUCUGCAAAUUGAUCCACUAGACCGACAGAGGAUUUUUCACUUCUCUUCAUCGCGUGUAUCGAUAAAUAGAGAAACAAUGUUUUAAAAUUUUUUUAACUUUCUAAAAGUUUGACACUUUUUGUUCGUUCGUUUAAUGUUUUAUUCUUGCAAAACUGUAUUAAAAUUUUUUUAAAUGUCGACGUUUUUUUAAUGUUUUGAAAGUUGAAAUGAACAAAAUUUUUUUUGGCUUAGAUAUUUUUCAAAAUUUUUUACUCUAUAGAGGAAUACAAAAUAAAUUUUAUUAACGAUAAGCAUUUGACUUUCUUAAUAUAACAAGCAAUCAUUUGUGAUGAAAUUUAAAUUCAAGUGGAGACCGAGACGACAUUUGCAUCUCUGUAUAUAAAUGAAUUUAUUUAUUUUUCUGGAAAAACAUUUUUAAAUAAACUUUUUUUGCGAGAAAUUCAAUAGUAAAAAUUUUUUCCACUAAAUUUUUUUACCAUUGAAUUUCUCGCAAAAAAUGGUAUAAAAAAGAUUUUCUCUAAAAUUUUAAUAAAUUUAUUCAUAUAGUUGCAAAUGUUGUCUCGAUAUCGCCUUAAAAGAAUAGCAAAAAAAUUUCGUCCAUUUCAAUAUUCAAAACUUAAGCGAUUAAAUUGAACUAAAUUGAAUAAUUUAGUUUUUCAUCGCAUUGAAUUCACAGACACUUUCGCUGUCAUGUCAGCGAGUUUUCGAAUCUCGUUAUCGCGUUUAUCAAUCGAAAACAAAAAUGUUUUUUUAGCUUUUUAUAAGUUUGAUACUUUUUCGUCCUUUCCCAGCGGACAAAAGAUCAUUAUUGUUUUUAAAAUGUUCUAAACAGUUUUCGGGAGUAUUUUAAAAACAAAGACGAUUUUUGGACGAAAGGAUUAGUUUCUUACAUUUUAAAUUUUCUUGUAGUAAUUAAUAAAUAAAUAACUUGAGUUAUUUAAAAGGGACACAUUCAGGCAAUGUGACUUAAUUAUGAUUAUAAAUUGUAAUUAAAAAUAAAACAUUUUAGAUAGUA